UUAAGUGAAAAAUAGACUUUAAAAAAUCGUGGAAUAAUAACCGUAUAUCAGAAAGCGGUAAUUUUGUCCGCUGAAGGUCGCUCAUCUCAUUUGGUUUUAAUACUGUUUUCUAAACCCGCUGCUGAAAAACAUAUAGCCAACUGAUUUUCAAAGAUCCAUCUCGUUUAGUUUAGCUGUUUUAAUUCAUGGCUUCAUUUGCGGUUCAUUAUUUCGUCAUUGGAUUGAUUUUAGCCAUUGUAGGCACAUUUUCUAUAAGCUACCUAAUUUCGACAUCAGAACAGCAUGUGUCUAUUAUCUUCCCAUAUAUAAGUGAUACUGGUGCUCUACCGCCUGAAAGCUGCGUAUUUGGUCAACUGCUCAAUAUAUGUUCUUUUCUUUCUUUCGUAUGUAUUUAUUGUUGGUAUCUACAUGAGCGCAAUGUAAUAUACGCCCUUGAAGGACCUAACUCUCAUAUUGUUUUUGCACGUAUUACUUGCAUCGUUGGCUUUCUAAGCGCACUGGGGAUGUCAAUUGUGGCUAAUUUCCAGGAAGCAUCUUUAAUAGUUGUUCAUUUAAUCGGUGCAGUGAUGACUUUCGGACUGGGCAUCGUAUUUUCAGCGUUAGUCACCUAUUCUACACGUAGACAUUUGGAAUACAAUUUCAGGAUAUAUGUAUUCCGUCUGUUUUUAACUAUUUGUGGUUUUCUCGCGAAUCUGGGAGUGUUCAUUUUUGGGCACUUAUCUGGAGGAAUGCACGGUCCAUUCCCUAGAAAAUGGGAUCCAUCUGAAGUGGGUUUCAAAUAUCAUGCAUUGAGUAGCUUUUGCGAAUGGUUAAUGUCCUUCACAUUCUUACUGUUUUUCGCUUCUAUGAUAUUUGAACUGAGGAACUAUGAGUUGGAGUCGGUUAAAAUAAGGCGUAUAGUUAUUGCGCAUGAAAACAAUGAACAAACACCUCUCCUCGCUUAAGCCAUCACUUUCUGUUCUUCUGUAACUAUAACUCAGUGAAUAAGAACAAAAUGCUUUAAUCCAUUUCAUUAGGAUUACAAUUUUUAUUUAACUUGAUACACGAUGUAAUCUAUUUCUUAAUGUUGAUUUUGUAAUUUUUUCUACUUUCAUCAAAAGAACGAAUUUAAUUCGGAAAAAUAUUAAGCCUUCUGUAUUUUGUUAGGCAAAAAAGAAAAUAAAACAACCACCGACACGUCAGAAUCUAAUUGCUCUUUGGAAAUUCCUCUUCCGAUUUAGCGAUAACUUAACUUCUAGGUCAAUUACAUGUUUUAGUAAUCAGUCUUGAAGCUCAAAGUUUGUAUAGACCAGUAAUACUAUCCAGCAAUCCGAACCGAAAUUUUUGACCUUUCUGAGAUUUAUUUAUUAUUUAUUUAUUUAUUUGAA